ACGACUUGAAGUUAUGGGGAAGUGUGUGUGUGUGUGUGUCGGGCGGGUCCGCGUUACCGAUCACCUACCGAGGCGACACGGGAGACGCGUAGGUUUAUGAGCUCCGCCGGCGCCCGGAGAGUCACAUGACGCGUGCGAUAGCGAGGAAACACACACCUGGGCUCGUGAGAGGCUCCGCUGUCUACUAAUUUAAUCGCACGAAGUUCCAAAGUUAUGCGCUCGGGCUUCUGGCUCUGCCAAGCGGCGCGUCGGCUCCAUGAUCCAAUUAAACUCCACAUUUGACCUGCGGCGGGACGUGAUUUCAGGCAUUCUGAAGAAGGAGGAAACUGCCAGAGCGGCUGCAGACGUCUCGGACCCGCGGAUCCUGAGCGUGGAGAGAGAUGGUGGAGUGCUCUACUGCUGGCGGGGGGCAACAGGAACUACUCGCAUAGGAAAGUACGACCCAGACAGCAAACACAACAAGCUCCUCUACACUUUUGACAAGCAGGUGUGUGUGAGCAGCUGCAGUCUGAACAAGGAGGAAACACUGCUGGCCGUCAGCAUUACUCAGAAACACAGGCAGGAGGAGCGUCUGAAACCAGUCUCCAAAUGCAUAACACUCCUCAUUGAGAUCCAUCCCAUUAACAACACCAAGGUGCUGAAGGCUGUGGACUGCAGAGUACGAGUGCAGUUCCUUUACCCUGACAGUGUGCAGAGUUCUGUUCUGGAGAGCCAUCUGCUUCUGAUCACCGAGGAUGGAUAUGUUGAUCAGUUUCACAUCAUGCUGGCUCGUCAUGAAGGCUACCGAGUGGUCAUGUUGAACCCAGAUCGUCUGGCUAAAGACCGUGUGGUUGAAGAGUUCAGUUGGAUUCAGUGGGAUUCUCAUAACCAGAGACUUUACUACAUCACCUCCAAAGAGAAGCAUAUGCUGAAGUGUGUGCAGUUCCACUCUCAGCGUAAUUGUGAGACUGUGUUUGAGUUGCCUCUGGACUUAUCCAGCAACCCCUUCAGAUCAGUGAGCUUUGUCCACUUGGGGUUUGACCACUACCAUGAGGACGAGGGAGAAGAUAAGGGAACGUCAUUGGUCAUCUUCACAGACAAAACAGGGAGCAUGUGUGUGUGCUACAGUCACCCUGUCAGUGGCAAGAAGGAAGUUCGCUACACUAUUGCCUUUGUGCACAAAGGUUGCAGUAAGACCUUCAAUGUGGCGCUGGAUCAGGAGGCUCUUAGUUGUAGCACACAUCUUCAGCCCCUAUUCUUCUGCACAGGUUACUAUGUGGUGGUCUUCCUUGCUGGACACUUCCUUCAUCUUCUGAACACACGACAACAAGACCUGUUGUGCUACAGCUUCUUCCUAUCCGGUUUGGAGGCGUGUCUGGGCGGUCUGGGCGGGGCCCGUGUGGUUGGAACCCAGGACGCUGCGUCCCUAUUGGACCUGCAGAGUGGGCGGAUCUACUCGGCCAGCAUAAGCCCCGCCCACCUGCUGGAGCUGCUGCGUGCGGAGCGUCCUGAGGCCCAACGGCUCGCCGCGCUGCAAUGCAUGCUGGUCCUCCACGGCGCCCACCCAGACCUGCAGCACCAGGUGAUUGACUGGAUUGGUGACAGUGCGUUGAGCUUCGAAGCUUUUGAUCAGAUCCAGGAGUUCAUUCUCGCCUCCCUGUACCGGAUCACACACCAGCAGUCCCUCAGUCUGGACAUGGUCCUGCCCUACUCCUCUGUCUUCGAGAAGAAGGAGCUACCUGUUGCCCUGACGAUGAUUCCAGGGGUGAAGUGCACUCCUGAUCUCCUGCCACAGCCACUGUUCAAAAGAAAGGGCCGGAACGCGCAGGGCUUCUGGGCGGAACUGCAGAGUGUGUGUGAGCGGGUGAAACACUUUGAGACGGUGCAGAGCCCUCGAUUCAGAACCUCACACACACACAAGGAGUGGAACAACAUGCAGACAGGACCUAGCUCAGAGAAGAGGAGGGUCUCCCACCAGCAGCACCUCGAAGAAAACACAAAGAAGGUCUUGUCCAUGGUGGAUACCUGGCGACUUGACAGGAGAAUUGUGCCUCUCUUUCAAGAAGAAGACCCCCAGCAGAAAGCUCUUAUUGGCCUGAUGGUGGAUAAGCUGCGUGAGCAUCUGCAUCGUUACCUGCCGCAGUUGGGGAAGAAGAGGAUCGAUGCCCUGGUGGUGAACUACGUCGCCAAACUGUUGGAGCUGGUCCAUCACAUGCUGGAGAUGUUGUGGCACAAGUACAAGCUGGGGCCGGCGCUCUGCAUUAAGCAGAAGGGCAGUGCUGAGGAGUGGAGUGUGUUUCACGUGAUGUUGAGAAUCCUGGAGGCAACCAAAGGCCUUUGCCUCCCCCUCCCCCCAGGGUACAGCUCGCUGCUGGCGGUGUUGGGGGUGAAGUGUGUGAGUCAUCACUCCUUCCUGCAGUUUGUGGAUCACGGCCUGCUGCAGCUCACUGAGCCCUUCGUCUCACGCAUCAUGAAGGAUCUGGACAACAGCAGCUUGAAUGAGGCGCUCAAGUUUAGCAUACUGAAGAGACUGCCUGAGGCCAUGCUGGAGCGUGUGUGUCACCUGUUGGAUCACCCGGUGAGUUCCGCCUGCAUCUCCAGAGAGUACGUCAGGAGCCGGCUGCAGAGCCGAGACAAAAGCACGGGUUUUGCGUUAGAUGACCAUGAACACUCGUCCCUGUGGCCAGACUUCCUGCCGCUCUCGUACCUGACCAAAGUGCUCUCCGACCUGGAGGAGAAAGCUAAUCCCUUUGAGGAACAGGAGAACAUUGACGCCCGGUUUGUGGAGGAAACAGCACUGAAGCAAACUCUCAUUCAGCUGGGCUUGGAGGACAAGUGACACACACACACACACACACACACACACACACACACACACACACACAGGAAGUUGUGUUGUGUUGUGAGUGUGUGUGUGUGUGUGUGUGUGGGGGUGAUGUUGUUCACUAACUGCAAAAGGGACCUGUGUUUGUAAUGUUUACAUGCGUGUUAAGCUUUAAUAUAAUAAACAAACUUCACCUCCAACAA